AACAGUCACCGAAGCAGUAGUAGUAACACUGAAGUUGAGUGCGUUAUAGAUAAUAUUUCGCCAGUAGUUUUAGAGCAGUGUUCGCUCUGUGUAUGGAUAAUUGCACGGGUGUAUAAAAUUGUUGUGCUUCUUGGUUUCUCUGUCGACGUUCACAUUCGGGGAACUCUUGUGCUUCACAAAUAGGAUCACAAAUCAACAUACCAUGGAUCAGGCGCAAAGCGAUAAGAUACGGAAGAUGUUCAGUUGGAGCAGUAGUUUAACGGAGACAGGCGGUGGCGGGGGUGGCAUGGAAGGGGUGACGGUGGACGGCCGGAACGGCAAACCGCCGCUGCAGACGCAACAGAGCACGGUCUGGUCGCGGAGACAGCAGGCAGUCUGCGUGCGACACGCAUUCAAGCACUACGGAUCCUCCAAGCAUCCCAAUCACGUCCUCAGCAACCUCAGCAUGACCGUCGCAAAGGGCACCAUUUACGGUUUGCUGGGAGCCAGUGGAUGCGGAAAGACAACACUGCUGAGUUGCAUUGUGGGCAGGCGGAGACUGAACACUGGAGAGAUCUACGUGUUGGGUGGCAAACCGGGCACCAAGGGCAGUGGAGUGCCUGGCAAGAGAGUCGGCUAUAUGCCACAGGAAAUAGCCCUCUAUGGAGAAUUCUCAAUUAGAGAAACAAUGAUGUAUUUUGGAUGGAUCUUCGGUAUGGAGACGAGCGAAAUCCAAGACAGACUCGAAUUUCUACUCAAUUUCCUCGACUUGCCUAGUCAGAAUAGACUUGUCAAAAACCUCAGUGGUGGCCAGCAGAGACGUGUCUCGUUUGCAGUAGCACUCAUGCACGAUCCAGAAUUGCUCAUUCUUGAUGAACCCACAGUCGGAGUUGAUCCUCUUUUGCGUCAAAGUAUCUGGAACCAUUUGGUACAAAUAACAAAAGAUGGAAAUAAGACUGUUAUCAUUACAACACAUUAUAUCGAAGAAGCUAGGCAAGCACACGCUAUUGGACUGAUGAGAAGCGGCAGGCUAUUGGCUGAGGAAUCGCCACAGGUGCUGCUCUCUAUGUACGGCUGUCAAAGCUUGGAGGAAGUGUUUCUCAAGCUGAGUCGGAAGCAGGGUAACGAUAACACUGUUCCCGAUGUAAAUAUCUCUAACAAUAUCUCUCUGGCAUCCCUGAACUGGGGCAAGAAGGACGAGCCAGUGUAUGUGACUGAGGAGAGCGGUGUGGUCGGCCUCAACUUCCAUCAGUUCCACCAAUCAAAAGAAGUGCUCAUACAGGAAAACACAAACGGCCAUUAUGAUAUGAACGGAAUGCCUCAGGGAAGCAAGGAAUCGGUGUCUUGUGACGACUGCGCGGCUGACUGCUGCAAUCUCACCACCAAGGGAAAAACAAAGGCUUUGUUACAGAAGAACUUUUUGCGCAUGUGGAGAAAUGUCGGUGUAAUGCUGUUCAUCUUUGCACUGCCGGUGAUGCAAGUGAUCCUGUUCUGCCUUGCCAUUGGUCGAGACCCGACCGGCCUGCACUUGGCCAUCGUCAACCAGGAAAUGAACUGGGACACGAUGGACUGCCCCGUCUACCACAACUGCACCUUCCAGAGCCUCAGCUGUCGAUACAUCAACAGCUUACGAAACGACACCAUUAUAAAGGACUACUACCAGUCGCCCGACUCGGCGAUCGCGGCCGUGGAGACGGGUGACGCGUGGGGAGCCAUCUAUUUUACGGACAACUUCACCGACGCGCUGGUCGCCAGGAUGGCUCUCGGUCGCGAGGCCGAUAACGAGACCCUCGACCAGAGUGAGAUGCGCGUCUGGUUGGACAUGUCUAAUCAACAGAUAGGACUGAUGCUGAACAGAGAUCUACAGGUGGCAUACAGAGAUUUUGCUCAAAAUUUGCUCAAUGCGUGUGACAACAAUCCUAAACUGGCAGACAUUCCUAUUCAGUUCAAAGAACCGAUUUAUGGAAGUAAUGAUCCAAGUUUCACCAAUUUCGUAGCUCCUGGCGUUAUAUUAACAAUUGUGUUUUUCUUGGCUGUUGCGUUAACAUCGUCGGCACUGAUUAUAGAAAGAAUGGAAGGACUGUUGGACCGAAGUUGGGUUGCUGGAGUGACACCACUGGAAAUUCUGUUCUCUCACGUGAUCACCCAGUUCGUGGUGAUGUGUGGUCAGACAGCGUUGGUGCUCAUCUUCAUGAUCCUGGUGUUUGGAGUCGAAUGCAAAGGAGACAUCUUCCUUGUCAUCAUUCUCACAAUUCUGCAGGGUCUGUGCGGAAUGUGCUUCGGUUUUGUAAUAUCAGCCAUCUGUGAGCUUGAAAGGAAUGCCAUUCAAUUGGCGCUUGGUAGCUUCUACCCAACUCUUCUACUCAGCGGCGUGAUCUGGCCGGUAGAAGGCAUGCCAGUGAUCCUGCGCUACAUCAGCGCAUGUCUGCCGCUGACGCUGGCCACCACAUCCCUCAGGUCGAUGCUGACCCGCGGCUGGUUCAUCACUGAGCCCGACGUCUACCUCGGCUUCAUCUCCACCAUCAUCUGGAUCGUGCUAUUCUUGUCCAUCAGUAUGAUUGUGCUCAAAGUCAAACGCGGCUAGGGCCCCGACCACCUGUUGGCUGGCCAAAUGAACUCUAUCGUUGUCCUAAGAAGAAGGAGCAGAAGACGGUUGGUUUCGUCAUCCGACAAAUUUCAACCAUCGGUACCAAUUCAUGAAAGUUUCUCUUCUAGUUCAUUCAUGAAAUCAAGAAAUUUGACACCUUGUGUGUGUCAACCUCAAAACUUUGGUCUGUUGUCAGUCGGCUUGAUUCCUAUUCCGUGCAUUUAUUAAUACCCCACUUACAAGUCAAACACUUACGUAAACAUCAUAAGCAAAAAUGUGUAAAUAAGUAUGUUCCGUAGCAAUUAUAAAAUAACUCUACUUCAUUCACUGAUGAAGAAUUUAUUAAAUUCAUUUCGAGAAACAAAUGAACUAAUUUAAAAUUACGUCAUUGAUACCUUAAAUUUAGAAACCUACCGUCUCCCUCUUUUUCUUCUCUCCCUGAUCGGCAUGGGUCCCAUAGACUUUGUUGUUACAAGAUGGUGACCUACAUUAAUCACCCGAAACUACACUUCUUUGGUUUUGAAUUAAGAGAUUCAAUCCAAACAGUCUUAUGUAAGUUAGAUUGACGUUGAAACUAUUGGCUGCAACGAGUCGCAUAAAAAGGCAUUAAGCAAAGCAUUGAAUCUUCAGAAACAAAAUAAAGGUAGGGUAAUGUGAGGAACCCUUUGAAAUUCCAAUUGGUUUUAUUAGGGAAGGUGACCAACUCAUUGUAGUGUGUGAGUGCGAGCAGUUGAGUGUUGCAGCCAGAAGUUUUAGAGCAAGUAGGUAUCGUUCGCCGGUCUAUUGUCAACUACCAAUACCCUACUAUUAUAUUUAUUAGCCUUUGAAACCUGAACACACUGCAGUCACCUCGAGUUUCUAUAUUAACUCAAAUUUCUAUUUAUUGUUAAUAAAUUCAUUUAAAUAAAUGCAAUAUUGCAUAAGUUUCAGUUACAAUCAAAAUAUCUAUCCUAUUGAUAAACAAGAAGGUGAACAUGGGAUACCGUAGUCAACGAUCUAUAUAAUUAUACUAACAGUAUAUAGAUCGUUGGGGAUAGUAGGUUAACUUGUGGAUGGGAUGCUCUGUAUAUCUCCACAUCCCGUUUCAUUUUCUGUUAUUUCAGGGAUAUCAGGGGAGCUUCUACGUGGCUAGAGAGAAGCAAAAACACAUGCAAUUUCCGCAUUAUUUCUGGGAACCGUGACUGCUCGAUGUGAACAUUGUUUUUGAUGGGGAAAUUAAAACAAAAGUAUUUGAUAUUCGCUGGCCAAGUAAACUCUCCCGAUUUUUCCCUUGGCUAGGGGCUUUCAAAUAUCAGUCGAUUUAAAUGGCUUCCGUUUUCUUCAAGUACAGACAAAUGUGUAGCCUACUACAAUUUCAUGCAAACAAAACUAUAACCACAAUAUUUCACCAUCUAAAUAUUUAGGGAAUUGAAAUUUUUUCAGUUCAUCCUUAGUCUGAAAUCUUGUCCUUAGUCUGAAAUCUUGUGAAACAAGAAUCUAAAAUCAUCUGCGUUAUUUCAUUGAACUUAUUCUUUAGACUUUGAUUAGAUGACUGACUCUAAAGUGUGCACACACUAGACAUACACGACUUGGUUUGUUAUGUAAAUAUAGAGGUUGUCUAGUGAACGCUACUCAGCUCUUCAAGUUUUGAACAAGGAAGUUUUAUAAACGUUUGCUGUUCGAUUAAAAAAAUGUUUGCAAAGCAUCUGGUGAUGAAAUAUCUACUAGAUCAAUUACUUGUUGUGACUGCGGUGUGUAUCAAACGUUUGAAGCUACGACUCCCCAGAGCAUGUCGAAAAUUUCACUCUGUACCUCAUGCUAAAGAUGACAAACUCACCUCAAUAAUUACAUAUUCGGUGGAAAACUAUUUUUAAUUAUAAAAUUCGUUGUCGGUUAAAGCUGGUGUGUUCUUGGAAGUCGUAGCUCUCUUUAGAAUAGAAUUUUAUUGUUCGUAGAAUAUCUGAUAAAGUCCUAUUCUAUGCUCAUACAACUGGUCCCGUACUGUGAAACCAAAGAACAAUAGAAACUUAUUGGCGAAUCAAAAAAAAAAAUAUUUUGCUGAUUAUUAAUAGUCUACAAAAUAGUGUUGCAGAAACAUUAUCUAAACGUUGAUGUUUUUGGAACGGUUACUCGAGCCAUUAUUUUUAUUAUUUUGUCCUCUGUAAUUAGGUUUUUAUGAUAAUGGUACAGUACUGGAAAAACAACCUCCAAUGAUUCCCAGCUAAGUUACUUUGGUGAUAGCUUGUUUUGAAAUGUGUCUUUUCAAUCGAUAUUCAAAGUUAGAAUACUGAGAGAAGUACCUUAUCGGAAAUAAUGCAAACUGUUGAUAGCUUUGGAAGAAAACUUCACAACUAAUUGAUUAGGUACUGACAAAGUUUCAAUUUUUGCUUGUUCGCAUCAUCUUUCUUGAAACAGCAAUCCUGAUCAGAUUUGUUGAUCAUCUCAACCAAGCGCAAGAGAUGUUUCAGAUUAUGCAAUAGGUCAGCAUGCAACAUGAUAAAAAUCUCCACACCUGGAAGAAUGCAAUAUUGUAUGAAUAUUUUUUGUGCGAAAUAGAUAUAUAUUUGAUUUGGAUUGAAAUUGAAAAUUUGUUUACUGGAAGCUUGCCAUGUUUUUUUCAAUUCCAAUAAGAUUUUAAAAAUGCGACUAAAUUGUAUUUAGAGAAAGUUCGAUGUUGUUCACAACCUAAAAAUUAUACAUUCCAGAGCUCUAUUGGCUAGCAAUGGCAAAGCUCGCAACAACGAAUCAAUUCUGGAAGACAAGACACGUUUUAAAAUGCUAUUUAAUUAUUUCUGAAUUAGAAUAAAUAACAAUAAUUUAUUUAUUUUACUUUUAUUUUAGAACUUAAUGGCGUUGGAUGAACAUUUUACAAUAGUAAACAUAUUAAUGCAUUUUGUAGAAUAUGGAACGAUUUUAUAUGAAUUCAAUAGUUCGAUGUAGACAAUAUUCAAUUAAUUAAUUGAGCUACAAAUAUUUCCAAUUCGAUGUAAGACUCUAUGGUUGUAGAUAUUAAUUAACCGUAUCGUCUAUCUCCAUCAACUUGUAACAAAUAGCUGGAGUCAUCAAACUGUUAAAUUUUCUUUCAACUAUUUUAGACAUAAUAAAAUGUGAAAAUUAAUGAAAUUUAUUCUAGUAUAUUUUGUGCCUUGAAACUCUUAUGCUACUUUCAGUACUAGAGUAACAUUAUCUCUAUGUCGAAUCAUCUUCUAUCAUUUCCAAAUUUCAAUUGGCUAAUUUUCUGAUUCUUGAAUAGUGACUUAGUCUGCUAUUUUUUCUAUAAAACAUAACUUAUUAGGAAAACAUCAAACAUAACAUCACUAUUAGUCAUAGCUUAGGUGGUUCGGUCUGAUAAUAUUCUUUUAUUGGAAUCUCUCUUUUUAGUGGAUAACUAUUAAAGGCUGGGCAGUUGCAAAAUAUUUAAGUUUUAUUCUGUAUGCAUUAAUUCACUGUUCAUAUGAACCAACUCAACCAUUCAAAUAAUAAUAAUGAGAUAAUGUAGCAUAUAUUAUUUUGAAUAGAUGUUAUUAGUAUUUUAUAGUAGAAUCGGUUACUAUUGUAAAAUGGUUAUAACAAGGGUUAUAUAGAUUUCUUUUAAUAUUUAUAAUAUUAAUUAAUUUUAUGUCUAUAUACACAGUAUAUACUGCCAAUGCAUAUACAACAGACCACUCCCUCCAUGUCAUACAUAGCAUGCUAUAUUUAAUUUGAUUAUUGGUUUUUGAAUAUUCUUCAUACCAAACAAUAAGUUUGUAUGGUUUUGAUAAACUAUUCCCAAGUGUAUGAAUAAGGUAUUCACCAGAAUUUUUUUAAUGAUUGUUCCACAAUUCGAUUUAUGAAAAAUAUUCCUGGGGAAGUCUAGCUCAAAAUAUAAUAUAUCUCCAAAAAUAAAAACUUCGAACCUGAUUGAAAAUUGCAUUGAUUAUAAACCCGAUGACUUACCAUUUUAGAAAGACUGUUUUUAGUGAAUAAAUUAGUUUACAAUUUCCUCAAACCAACACCUUGAUUACAGGAUUAUAUUACAUUGAUAUUUUUUCCAGUAAUGUUUUAUGAUUUCAGUCAUAAAAUAAUAAUACUGUUGGUUUUUCAUUGAUCUAUAUCUACUUGAAAAAGGAAGAGAACAAUAAAAGAUAAUAAAAUAAUGAACAUAAAACAAAAUAAAAUUGAAAAUGAAACUGAAUCUCACUUUUUUCAACUGAAUAUCUGUGUGGAGUGAGCAAUUUGAUCAUAUCUAGUAAAUUGGAUUAUAAAUAGGAGAAGGUAUUUCAUCUAGUGAAGAAUAAAAUAUAUUUUUUUCUCGAGUUUGUAAAUAUUGUAUUGUAUUUAACCUGUAUGUACAGAAUAUGAGAGAUUUGGCAGAGUUUCGAGAAAAUUGUAAUUGUAGUUAUUAAAGUUUAAUUUUUUGAUCGAAAUAUCUCUUGAAGGGGCCAUUUUAGGAUGUUAUACUCCAACUCCCAAUUAAAGAGUCAAAUAUGAAAUUAGAAAAUAUUAUCAAUGAUAUUUUGAUUCUUUUACACUGAAUACUUUAUUGAUUGAUCUUUUUGUAAUGGUCUGAAUGAUGCAGAUCCAUUGAAACUGGUUUGUUUGAGUAAGUCAUUGUCCAGUAAUGUAUUUUGCUCAUUUGUAAAUAAUAUUUGUAAGUUAAUACACGAUCAUUUUUUCCAAUCUUAAGAGUAUAUGUACAUGGGAUGAAUUAGUCUGUUAGAAGACUACCUAUUCAAUUGUUGUUUAUUCAAUUUCCUCAUAUUUUUAAAACUCGAGUUGAUGAUAAUAUUAGUAGCAACUGGAGAAAUGAAACUUUUGUAUUGUGCUUCAAUCUAUGUUUACCGUAUGUACCGUAAUAAAGAAAUGUAUCCAACGUAUAGUAAAAUAAACGCAGGUGAAAUUAUUAUCUCCAUAGAAUAGUGUGAAUAAAAUCAAAAAUAUUAUUUGAAUCAAAUUGACAUUAGUGUUUUAAGUUAUAUUUUAUUGUUAAAAUUUUCAAUUAAGUGCUAUCAUUAUUCAUAUUUUUAAGCGGAUACGAGAUCAUACUUAUGUAUUCCAGUUGAAAUCAGAAUAUUGUCAAUUGAUACAUUGUUACAUGCGUUUUUUUUCAUAUAUGCCUACAAGUAUUUUUGUAGAAACAAAAUCGACUAUGGGCAAUAACCAUCAUUUCAAAUAAAGUAAUCAAGAAGCUCAGAAUUCAAAUAAAAAUGUAGAUAAAAUAUUUGAAUAUACAAAUAAAUUAUAUGUCCACAAAUAAAUAAAACAAGCCUAUUUGCGAAUCACUUUGAGUAUACUAUAUUCCGUAUUAUUUAUUCCAAUAGAAAAUUAUCAAAACCAACUCAUUGGAAUUAAUCUGGUAAUUUGCUCAUUUUUAUUAGAUAGUAUAGCGAUUUAUAAAUAUAUUACAGUUAUAAUUGAGGAAUUAUGUGUAAUGAUGAAAUUUAAUAUAAGUUUUAAUUUUUUAAUGUUAAUUAUGUAUGCGGAAUAUUCCCGUACUAGUUUGAAUGGAUGAUUAUGUAAUGUUUGAAUAUAUAAUUUUUAAACGAUAA